GACAGUUUUUCCUCAGUUUUCCCGUGAUCUGGUUGAGAACGCCAAGGAUACCAUGACUGAGAAUCUCUUAACACAGAUGACCAUCAGGGACGAGCUAGCCAUGAAGGAGAAAGUUUUUAUCGAUUUGUGGGGUGCGAAGUCGGAGUUCCACGAGUCUUUAGUCAAUAUCCCAGUUUAUGAGCAGGUCGAGUCUGAGCCUGAAAAUGAGGAUGAUGAAUUCCCCCUAACCGAGGAAGAACGACUAUUUCAUCAUGCCACAUUAGCAGAGUCUAGAGCUCAGUUGGCAACACAAAUGGCGCAGGAGAAGACUGGGGAGGUAAAUAAGUUUUUUCAAAGUGCUUUUCUCCCCCUUGCCCCAUCUCAGUGGAUCGAGUCGGAGGCCAGUAGACUCAAUGAUAAAGUCUGGGACCUUGAAACCUUCAACCAUCUUGCUCCCAUCAGUAUCAAUGCGUAUAGGUUUCUAGCUUCCCUCACUGAUCAGGAGAUGGAGUUAUGUGAGGAGAAGGCGCUGACGGAGAACAUUGAGCUCGUUAAGGGGCCCUACCCCUUGACGGUGGGAGCAAUGAAACUCCCCAAAGUAGGACAUUUUGAUCCGCUUAAGUGCUCAGUUUCAACCAGCCAGCUUGCGAUCCGAGGUUUUUGCCAGCUCAAGGGGCAAGAGGCGCUGUCAGAGUUGAAGAAGAUCUGGAAUGUCGGUCGUCCCUAUCUUAAAUGCAGAUGUGUGGAAAUGGGUCUGACAGACUGCAAAACCAACAUCACCUGGUUCGACCAGGUGCUGUGGUACUUGCUGGCUAAUCUGGAGUACUUGUUCCCACCUGCUCCAUCUUUGCGCGCUCGCAAAAGGGCCAUGAGGAAUUUCAUGAAGACCACCUGGAGAGUUCCAAUCCUUACUUCGGUGGUGUUUGCUGAAAUGCGGCACAUCAUGCAGAAGAUGGCGAAGAGCGUUCUUGACAAUCCGGCGAGAAGGCAGGAGACAAUUCUGGACGACCAGGCCAUCAUGACGAGAAAAUUCCCGAGGAAAAUGACAGCGCUCAUUCUUCCGUACAAGUAUAUCAGAUCUCCGAAAAAGCGCCAGCAAGUCUGCAACGACGAUCAACGACGGACGAAGCGGAAGGACAACACGAUCCUGUCUUACUACGUGAGACCUGAGGUUGCGGCCAACAAGGCCAACAACGCGAGUGCUUCGCAGACUCCCGAAUCUGACGCGGAACCCUCUCCUAUCCCUGCAUGCAACCUACCGCUGGAAUGCACUCCGCAAUCCACCAUUACCACUCAAGUGGAAACUACCAGCUCUACUGUCUCAAGGCCCAUCAGGCGCAGCCCAAGGACCCAAACCAUCAAAUCCCUCUUUGGGAAGUAAAAGGGAGCUGCCUCCGCAAAAAAAUUCUCGCUUUUCACUCCUGGUUGGUGUAUGCAAGGCAAGGAGGGCCAGCUUGGAUGCGACGAAACUGGGCGAUGGAAGUGGAAUAAAGCAGAAUCAGCAAA